AUGUUCCCUGAUCUCAUUCUGUGUGUGUGUGUGUGUGUGUGUGUAUGUGUGCGUGCGUGCGUGUGUAUGCGUGUGGGGUAUACGCCCCUCUUCACGUGUAAGGAAAUCUAAAAAGACAAGCCUGCCUGAUGCCUGGUGUGUGUUUCCCACGAAAGCCCUGGCGCCCUCCCUCUGUCUCGUUUAAGGAAGAUGAUUAGUGAAGCAGCGGUUCUGUGAGCAGCCGAAGCAAUGGAGAGAUGCUCCAGCUCUCCUGUUACACGUCUGGCCGCCCUCUGUUGCCUCCUGGUCGCGUCGACACGCCAUGUGUCGUGCGAGGGGGGUGAGAGGAAAGAGGAAAAGAGGGAAGGCGACACGGAGCAGAUGGAGGAGAUGCAGAUAGGCCCGUUCUCGCCUCAUCUGUCCAUCACCAGCCAAGCCACACCCACGCCACUCUGGGCGGUCAUCUGGGGACCGACCCACACCUUCGAGGACGAGACACCACAUUACCCCUCAGCCCAGGAGACGAGCGGCAAUCGGCCAGCGACAGAAGCUUGGGAGCUGCAUCAGAGCCCACCGACCACACAAACGCAGCAGCUCCUACAGGGCGGGAGGGGAGAUGUGGGGCACGAAGAGGGACAGGGGGAGCUGGGCAGUGGGGUGGAGGAAGUUGAUCCACAGUUUUAUGUCACUGUGACCAUCUCCUCGCUCUUAAUUCUGACUGCGGUCAUCAUAACUGCAAAACUCUGCUACGACCGCAGCUGCUCGCAGACCCCUCCCCCACUGUCCCGGGGGGCGGCACCCCCGCUUUCGCUGGCCCUCCCGCGAUCCCUCACUCCUGAGGACAGCAGGCAGACACUGCACAGCAUCCCAUCCUUUGGCGACAGGGAGAGGAUUCCCGUGGUGAACCUCUGAACGCAACUGUUGAUCCUAUUUCCACUGGACACAAGACGUUCAAGGUGUGACUUUUUCAGCCGUGAAAUGUAAUUUCAGAUUUCUAGCCCUUUAUACCUCCCAUGAGACCCACGUGUGUAGGCAUCCAGCCCCUCUCCCCCCACCCCCAUUUCCCGUGGUUCUGUCGUGCGCCAUGUCAUAGCUUCACUGUUAGGAUAUGCUGUUGUGUAUACCAGUGUAGCUCGUUGAAUUUACAAAAAACAGCUCAGACUCCUGAUCGCGCAGGGCGAAACCGCCAACCCCUCAGACAGAGACAUCGUUUACCUCUAGUAAUGCAUUAUUCAGUAGCGGCCCCCUGUGCCGUACCAUGGGAUACUCUGUAGCAGUAUGAGAUGUUCCCACAAUCCCCAGAGAGUAAUCUGCAGCUAAAGGGUUUUGACAAUUAUAACCAGUUAAUCAAUCCGAGUGUAAGUGUUGCCGUGGUAUCCAGUGCAAGCUGUGUCAUAUGGCAUGCCGUGAAUGCUGGGAAGGCACGGUACGGUGGCCAAGGAGACAAUAAAAUCCAGUCUGUGUUUUAAGA